AUGACGCCUGCGCGAGGCAGAACGAAGGCGCGCUUCUGGGCAGGCGACGAGGAAAUGGCUAAUAAGAAAGACGACGACCUGGGUGCUCCUGGCCAUCACUACCAGUCCAGGACCGGUGGCCACUGGCAAGCAACUCCCCGCGCUCCUCGUCGCAGCUCCGUCGGUCGCCUUAUUUCGUACCUCGUCUUCAUAUCGAUCCUCUUCUUCAUAGCCUACAACCUGAUAUCGUCGCCUUCUAGCGGUUCAGCCAAUACAACAUCAGAGCGCUCUGCGCAGCCGGGCCACAAGCAGGGCCAGGUCUAUUACCAAGGACCCCUCAAGUUCCCCGAGCUCGCGGAAACGUUGCGCAGUAUUCAAGGAACAGCAGGCAGCUAUGAACGGAACAAGAACAUUCUUUUCACUGCUUCAAGUAUAAACAGCGCCAAUACUCUUUUGCCAAUGGCUUGCAACAUGGCAUCGCAAGACAAGAACUAUGUUCAUUUUGCGCUCAUGGGUAGGAACGAGAUAUCAAUCAAGGAACUUCUCCAGAUAAACGGAAUCGAUGAAAGUUGCAAGAUAUACACGCAUGAUGCCCGCACCGACUAUGCCUCUACAUCUUCUGAGAUGAGACUGAAACUCGCUGCUCUCCGUGCAUUCUACUAUAUCAACAACUUUAUGCACCCUCAAGCAAUCAUCAUUGACUCUACUUACGCUGAAGACGAUUACUUCCUCAAAGCGGCACGCGAUCAAAUCCACGGAACGAAAUCUGCGCUUAUAGAAUUGCCAGACAAGCCUGAAACUCGACUUGGCUGGAUUUCAAAGCUUGACGCCCUAGCAUUGUCUGCUUGGAACAAGGUCCAUUUCGAUAUCUUAGUUCAAGCACCUCCUGUUGGUACUGCCAACCUGCAAAGACUCCUCACCUCUCUGCGUAGAGCCGACAAGAGCGCUAUUACAAUUCCCCAGCUUACCAUUGAACUACCACCCGUUGUAGAGAAACCUCUGGCGGACUUCUUGUCUGGAUUUCAAUGGCCUUCCAAAGCUUCUGGCGAGUUGCCGCAAUCGCAAAUGCUCUCGCUCCGCCACCGAAUUCCCUCGCACAAGAUGGACGAGGAGGAGAGCUCAGUUCGAUUUCUGGAAUCAUUCUGGCCAAGUAAGCCUUCACAAAAUCAUGUGCUUGUCUUGGCGCCUCACGCCGAGGUUUCACCUCAGUUCUUCAACUAUGUCAAGUACAACAUGUUACAUAGCCUUUAUUCUCAUUCUGCAAUCCUUCAGGACUGGAACGAGAACAUCAUGGGCAUCAGUUUUCAAUCUCCCAAAACACUCCUCGAUGAUACAACUCCUCUGACUGUUCCCGUGGCCGAUGCGAAGGGUGAAAAGGAUGGCGCCAGCCCAUUUUUCUGGCAGGCUCCUACUAGUGACGCAGUUCUGUUUAUGGGCAAUAAAUGGGUUGAGCUUCAUGGCUACGUUUCGCGCUUACUAGAAAAGCAACAAACAAGAACAGGCACUCCGGCUUUCCUGGCCAAGAAGAACACAAGCAAGAAGCAUCCAGCGUGGCUGGAGUAUGUUCUUCAACUAUCACAGCUUCGAGGAUAUGUGACGCUCUAUCCGAGACCAGAGACAGCAGCAACGAUAUUGGGUACACAUAGUGACUUGCCCAAUACGCCUGAGGAGUAUAUGGGUGAGGAGACUAGGAACAAGGAGAACGGAGAGGCGGACGAAGCGACGUCCAGAUUCGAUCCUGCCUCCCCUAUUGAUAUGCUAGCAACAUUACCUCGCGAGGGUGACCUACUGUCGCUGGGUGAUUUGCCACUCGUCUCGUGGAGUGGAAAGCCCACUUCGCUUGAAGAACUAGAGAUGAGCUCAUUAGAGCUUACAAAACUGUUCCGUCAAGAUAUUGGCGAGUGUCCACCCUCUGUCAUAAGUGACGAGGAUGAAUUUGGACGACCGCAGCGCAACCCGGACGCUAGCGAUCUCUUUUGCAAGAGCAAAGACUCUGGCAGUGCUAACACAGCGCCGGAAGUCAAGGAGUCUAAGGAGACAGCGUAA